AUGGAGAAAGUGGUGCGUGAUUCCUCAGAAAAGAAUUCAAUAUCUAAUUGUAUCUGCGACAGACCAGAGAGAACUGUAAAAUGCCUGACUUGUGGAGCGACAUUUCGAGGUCAUGCUGCACUUGUGUGCAAAGAACAUCCAAGAAGAAUCAAUUUGAUGGAUGUACGGCUUUGUCCCAAUACAUCAUGCCGUAGCGCUUACUUAAUGGAGUUUGAAGAAGGUUGA